AUGUGGUUUGUGAUGGUCGUCGCGCAAAGGUUGAAUUUACAACCGAUUGGCAACUCGAUGCGAAUCGGCGUGAUCUCACAGUUAAUUCGCUUUUUUUGGGUAAUUUUUCAAGCAUCUUAUCUUGAUGGCACUGUUAUCGAUUAUUUCAAAGGAAUGAGUGAUUUAGAGAAACGAAGGAUUGCUUUUGUUGGUGAUGCCACACAAAGGAUACAGGAGGAUUAUUUAAGAAUUUUGCGAUAUUUUCGAUUUUUUGGUCGACUAGCACCAUGUGGUGAUGCACAUGAAAAAGAAACGCUGGAUGCAAUUGUAGCGAAUAAAAGCGGCAUGAAAGAUAUUAGUGGUGAACGAAUUUGGAGUGAACUGAAGAAAAUAUGUGUGGGACGGCUGGGCGGCGAAGUAAUAACAACCAUGCUAAAGCAAUGUGGCCUGGCUUUAUUGCUGGGACUUCCAGAAAAUGCAGAUACUGCACAUUUCUGCCAAAUGCACAGGCGAUUUCAUCCAAAUAUUGAAGCAAUGACAUUACUAACAUCAUGCAAACUAUCACAUGCGGAAAAAUCGUUAGCCGAAUUUAUCAUGCAACAUCGCGAUGCAGCAGAAAAGGAUGCUGCAAAUGAUGUGUUUUUCAAAAAUGUGCUGUUACACGAAGAACGGUUACAUAAAUUCACAAGAAAGAAAGUGCAAACGAGUCGAGAGAAGGUCAUCGAAUUAGCGAAAUACGCUAUGUCCGAUGACCGGAUUAUCAAUGAAAUAAGAGCGUGGGAAACCCCGGUUUUUCCGGUCAGCGGUCUUGACCUAAUGCACAGCAAUGUUCCAAGUGGUCAACACGUCAAAAAGAUCUUGGAUCAUCUUUUCAAAUUAUGGAUUGAGAGUCAGUGGAAAAUGGACCAGGAAGAGUUGUUGAAGCACAUAGAUGACAUCGAGUGGCGCAAUGAGAAAUCACGUUCAACACAAAAGCGAAAGCAUUCUUUCGAGGAUCGAUGA